CCUAUUAACAUGGGACAACUAUGUUGCACAAGGUAAUAACUUUCCCACAAAAAUCUGUCCAUCCUUCGGUAUCGUGCUCUCUUCUUGUGCAUAGGGCGCAAUAUCAGGAUAUGCGCACGCGAUUGUAAGCAUUGUCAUCCUCCCAUAACCCCCCGUACGCAAGCAUAGAACCAGUGACGACGACGUCCCAGCACUAGCAUAUCGUCAUCGUUCACAGCAGGAUAAACAGUAGUAGGUAGCUGGGUAGGUAAGUAAAGGGUGCAAUCAUUCGUCAGCAGAAGACCGAGUCACCGCGCGAGUUCGUCAUCGUUCGGAUUCUUGCCAAUACCGAGCACAUCACAUCGAUUACCAACAUUGAUUGUCGGUUAUUAGCGGAAACAGAAACCCGCCAACCACCGCGCCGAAGACGUAUCGUCGCGCGGUCGUCAUCGUCGUUGUCGUCGUCGUCGUCGUCACCGGUUCGGCACCAUACCACCUAGUGCAAGAAGGAGUUGUGCGCUUAUAUUGCACAUUGAUUGUGACACGAAGGGCGACCGCCCUGGCCCAGGCUCUGCGCUGCCAAUCACGGCGCGUGGGAUAACAACCCCCGGCCCUGGGAGAGAGACAGCGAGCGAGAUCAGUUGGGUGGAUUUUUUUGUUUUUAGUUUAUUCCGCGCGUUUGACGAGUCGAGGUGUACAUUACAGUUCCGGUUCGGGAGUUUGUUUUGUGAUUGUUUUCCGUGGGAGAUUCGCGGCAAUGCGUUUGGUUUGAAUGUGGACCACCAACAUUCCAACCAAACGGAACCGAAAGCCCGCGCGCGCGAAUUGAGUGUCCACCAGAAGAAGAGGUUCAUCGCCUGUGGUUGCUUCCCUUUAGCCAAGUCUCUUUCCCUCUCUCUCUGUCUGUCUGUCGGUCGACUGUUCAACGUGUUCGUCCGCGUGUUCGUCCAUAGCUCGCUCACUACAAUUCGAUGGCCCCUAAUGGCCUAAAAUGAUCACACCUUCGAAGUAGCUGCGCGGCGGGCGAUGAUGUUUCCCAAGAGCAAGAAGACCAAUUGCUGACUGCUCCCAGCUGGAAGCGAAGAAAAGCCCAAAAACGAAGAUAAUCGAGUGAAGGAAAACAACAAAUAUUUUCGAAACGGGCAAACUACUGGGCGAAUAACGUCCGAGGAGCGCUCGAGAGUCGUCCAUCGCUCGCGAGAAGAAGGGAGGAGGUCUCGAAACCGACCCCGAGGAGAGUGACGACGAGAAAAACGAGUGUGCGUGCGUGUACCCUGAUGGUGGUGCUACAGUGGGAAAGGAAGAAAAACACUAAAUCGGCCAAGGGGGCUCAAAAUCAGUUAUUUCCAAUCGCCUUCGACUCUGCGAGAGACUCCCUACACAGUGUAUCUAGUAUUAAUUAAAUUGCUAUCGGAUCCGGAAGUUGCCGGGAGGGUACCGAACUCCCAGUGUCGCGUGAGAAAAGUGACCAAAAUCGUGCCGAAUGAGAAUGAAUCAUCUGAAGUGAUUUCAAGUGUGAAACCCUUUGUUUUUAGUUUCAAUUCUUAUUUUCGUAUGUGUGAUUAGUGAGAAACACAGUUGAAAUGCUAACACGAGAACGGGAUUGUACACCGAAGGUAAAAACCGUUGUUAGAGCAUGGAUUAACCGCACACAUGGACAUGCUGAUCGGAUAAAACAGGACACUCUUGGGAUUGGAAUCAGACAGCCGGACAGAUUGCGUCUCACACGGAAUAGGACCUGAGCAAUGAGAAGCGCGCGCAGGGUGUCCAACGUUAUCAUUGUUUGGUUCGUUUUGAAAGUUUUUGGAAGAAUCCUCUGCAUGCCGGAUGUCCGUGCCACAUGCCGCACGGUGCCCGGUUUGACGCGCGAACAGUUGGAACUCUGCUACAGGGCGAGCGAUGUGACGGCCGCAGCCAUCGAGGGACUGGAGCUCGGUGUACGCGAGUGUCAGCAUCAGUUUCAGUGGCACCGGUGGAACUGCUCGUCGCUGAGUACCAAAAGCCGCAACCCGCACACGUCCAGCAUGUUGAAACGAGGUUACCGCGAGAGUGCAUUCGCGUACGCAGUCGCUGCUGCCGGCGUGACGCACAGUGUGGCACGAGCCUGCGCCCAGGGCCGGCUGAUAUCAUGUGGAUGUGACCCCUCGGUCAACCGGAAGGGAAUGACCAAGUCGCUCCGUGAAAGUUUGGAAAAGGAAAAACUACGCUUCCUGGACGCGAUCAACGAAAACAGCAUCCUGGUAGACGACAGCCUCAAAAAGCUGAAAACCAAACAAGCGAGCCGCUGGAAAUGGGGUGGCUGCUCGCAUAACAUGGCAUUCGGAGUGGAGUUCUCGGAAUUGUUUUUGGACACCCGGGAGAAAGGCGGAGAUAUUCAGUCGCAGAUCAAUCUGCACAAUAAUCACGCUGGCAGGAGGGCAGUCUCCAACAACAUGCAAGUUCGCUGCAAGUGCCACGGAAUGUCCGGCAGUUGUCAGUUGAAAACUUGCUGGAAAUCGGCCCCGGAUUUUCGCGUUGUUGGCAAGGUACUGAAGCAGCAGUACCGUCGGGCGGUGCUCGUCGAUCAGUCCAAUCUGGGCAAUGGGCCCCCGAUGAUUGUAUACCACAAACCAAAGAAACGGAAACACGUCAACAAUGUUCGUCCUCCGAGGCGAACGAAGGACAAAGGUCAACAUCAGCAGCAGCAACGACAGUUGAUUCCGGUGAGUCGCACCAACCGCAAGAUGGAGAACGCCCUGUUCUACUACCAAAGAUCGCCCAACUUUUGCGAACGGGAUCAGGUGUCCGACAUACCAGGAACGGUUGGCCGCCGGUGCAAUCGAACCAGCGUCGGCAGCGAUGGGUGCGCUUCGAUGUGCUGCGGCCGGGGCUACAAUCUGAUCCGCGAGAAGCGGGUGGACCGAUGCAACUGCAAAUUCCACUGGUGCUGCUACGUCGAGUGCGACGAUUGCGAAAUCGAAGAGUGGAUUAGUGUGUGCAACUAAGACCGCUUCUUACCGAGUGGGGCAGCAACUGGCGGCUAUCAUGUUGCGAGAUAAUUGUUGGAAUAGCUGUGGGACCCCUUAGAUAUGAGCUGAUAUCGUAGUGCGCGACAAAAAAAAAAAAUAGACUCUAAUUGCGCCCGCGUGCGUCGAAUAUCGAACAUUGAGGACUUGAAAGUGAUCGGCUCGAAGAAGGAUAAAAGUGAUUGUACCCCAUAUAUGUUGAACAUUAGAGGCCACUUUGCGCGUGACGCAAGUUACAAAUCUAAUGUAACUGCAGUUGUAGAAAGCAAUCGAUGUGACACUAAUUAAUGUUUGAAUAAAAAAUCUCAAACAAGCACAAACGAGAAUUAGCAGAAACAUGGCGUGUUCUAUCGAACAGUAUUACAGACCACAGAAUGCCGGAGAGACAGAUUGAUGGGAAUCCAGCCAACUACUAAUAGUGUUAGCUAAGCGUAAUUAUUGUACAUUUAUUAGUGAAACCGAGUAUCGUAUUCAACUGACCUCCUAUUUAAGUUAAUUAGUUUUAUUUAUUUGUUCCGUCUGUACCUGUACAUACAUUGAAUUGACGAUUCGCGAUUUCGCAAGUUACACUCUAUUUUCUCGAAAUACGCCAAUAAAUUGUGGUGAAUUGAUUCCAACGCAUGAACAAUAUAGAAUGAUUGUAAAGGAGCUUUUAGGCCAUUGAAGUACAUAUUAUGAAAUGAUAAUUGAAAUAAAUUUCAGUGCUAGUGCUGAGUUAGUGAAAAA